GCGCAAAUCUCCAAUGCGCAGGUCACAGCUGUCUAAACAUGGAGGUUGAACUAAGGAACAGCUUUCUUGUUCCCAAGCGUACGUAAUAGCCCCCAAAUAUCGACUAACCAACCAGCAAACCGCUACCAAAGGUUACUUUAACUGACAGUUUAUCAUUGUUUGGUGUUCGAUCGUUUGUUGAUCUUUGGAAUGACGAUGGAAAACAUGGGUGAUAUCCCGGAUCAACAAAUUAAUGAUUCGACAGUCGCUACCCCAGUCAGUACUGGAUUGAAGAUUGAACCCGAAGGUAGUGCUGACAUCGGUGCCGAUAGUACAAGUCAACUAGCAGUUACUACUCAUUCGGAUACCGACUACCAACAAGUGAACAGUGUAGAUGCAGUGUCAAGUCCGGAAGCUGAACAACUUGAACCAAGCAUUGAUGAAAUAAACCGAAGCACUAAUGCUAUAGCCGUAACAGUAGCAAGCAUGAUUGAUAGUACUGAGUACAGAUCCCAAAUGGGAGAAAUGACUUAUCAGACUCUUAAUGGUAGGAUGAGUCCAUCAUACAGUCCAAACAGUUAUGCGACUCUGACUCCGUUGCAGCCUCUGCCUCCAAUUUCUACAGUGUCGGACAAAUUUAACCAAAUUCAGACUACAUGUGGAAAUGGAUUUACUUUGAUGAACAAUGGACUUGGAACCGUUAUGGAUAUUAACACUAUGAACACUUACCGUUAUGACCCGAAAAUGAUGAGUAUGAAUUUAAGUCCUGCCAGUAUGGCUAGUAUGGGGAAUACUACAAUGAACAUGAUGACAACAAAUGGAUAUAAUCAGGCAAUGUCUCCGUACAGUUACAGUGUUAAUGUUAGUGUUAGUCAAAAUGGACUUCCAUCCCCGAAAUCGGAACAUAGAUCACCAGUUUUAUCACCGAACACAUUAGCUUCAUAUGAUUAUCGCAAUCUUGGUGCCCAACCGGCACGAUUACAUUCCCCGAAUCCAAUGAUGUCCUCAGUGAAUGGAUUGCAUGUCAAUUCAACAGUGACACCUGAUGCAUCCCCACACAGUCAUAGUGGUAGUCCGCAACGUGAAAGAUCUCUGGGUCCAAUGGACACGCAAAGCAAUAAACAACAAGAACUUGAAGAAAUAAAUACUAAAGAAUUAGCACAAAGAAUAAGCAGCGAAUUGAAGAGAUAUAGUAUUCCACAAGCUGUAUUUGCACAAAGAGUUUUAUGUCGAAGUCAAGGGACAUUAAGUGAUCUUCUACGAAAUCCCAAGCCUUGGAGCAAACUGAAAUCAGGAAGAGAGACAUUCCGAAGAAUGUGGAAAUGGUUGCAGGAACCAGAAUUUCAGCGCAUGUCGGCUCUAAGAUUGGCAGGCAAAACGUUCGGUGAAGUGUCGAUAAAAAAGGAAGAAGGAAGUUUUGGCACAUCUUUAAUAGCCUGUAAGAGAAAAGAACAAGAAAUGUCUCCACAAGACAGCAGAGGAGCUCCGAAAAAACCUCGUUUAGUGUUCACAGACAUUCAACGGAGAACAUUACAUGCAAUUUUUAAAGAAACAAAACGACCUUCAAAAGAGAUGCAAGCUACAAUUGCCCAACAACUCGGACUUGAGGUCACAACAGUGGCAAAUUUUUUCAUGAAUGCACGUCGAAGAUCGAUAGACAAAUGGCGUGAUGACAAUGGAAAUGACAAUCGUGAAGGGGUGAUCAAAAGCUGAGUUGUUGUUCAUAUGAUUUUACCCUAGCAAUAUUUUUACUGAGUACAUGACUAGAUAGAUGUUGUGAGAAGAUUGAUAUAUAUGUGUGUAUGAUUUCUAUGAAGCAAUGUAGAUUUAGACAAAAACAGAAGUGAUGUUCGUCCAUUUUUUAUGUGCAAAUAUUAUCUUGUAAAUGCUAAUUUUUAAAAGCAUGACAAGAAAAUUGUACUAGUGAAGCAUAAUUAAACCAUAGUGCAUUGUCUCGAUGACAGAAAACGCUGAUAGCGCCACACUGGAACAGAGAUCUGAUGUACCGACACUAGUCUAGCAAGCUGAAGAUCAAGACUUUUUUCAGUGACGCAUUUUAACAUUUAUUCUAAUGUUAUUUAUACAGUCUGUAUUGACACUUAUGGAGUGCCAGUGCAGCACUUUAAAUAUCAAGUUUGUCUUUAGUUAGGCUCAUGGCUGACAUACGAUUUUUUUGCUAGUAGUUUGGUGGUGUUUUAAAUGUAUUACACAUUUAUUGUCUCAUAACUUGUUAGAUUAACCAUUAGAUCAAAUGGUGCAAAGAUUUUUUAAUGUGUCAUUCCUUCUCCACAGUAUUGUACAUUCCAUUUUGUUUCUUUUCUUUGUUUAAGAGGCCAGAAAUCAUCUGCAUAAACAUUCCAUGUUGGAACUUACAAAGUUCCGCAAGUUGUUUCUUAUGUCCGUAUCAUGUGACAAUUUAUUUGGCAAAUUGUCUUUGAAAAUUGAAUGAAGAUCUAUUUUUACCUUGUUAAUCAUGAAAAAAUUAUACAAAAAGACUAUGAACAAAUUAUGAAUUAGCAAUGACUGAACUAAAGUCAACUAGGGAAUCUCACUUUGUGUUUUUUAUCUGUAAAUAAUGACUCUUUUUUUAUUUCACUUUAACAAUCUCAAGACAAUUUAUGACUUUUUUCGGACAAAAUCUUGCAUUUUCAUUGUCAUUUUGUUUGCCAUGACAUAUCAGGUAGCUAGAUAGAGUUUUCAUUGUGUUCAUUAAAAAAUCUUACAAUUGGUUGUAAUUAUCUAGUCGUAGCUUGUCUCUAAGGUAACAAAAAUCACCACAGAAAUUCUGUGUUGUGUGUGUGUUAUGAUCAUACAAUCACUGUAUUCAAUUGUGCAAUAUUUAUUGAUUUUUUUUUUGUAAUGGAUUUUAGGUGAUUAUUUUGUUAAUUAUUAUUUAUUACAUUUGUUGAUUAAUUUAUUUGUUUAAUGAGGACAUUCAUUGAUGAUUUGGGUGAUUGUCAUUAUUGAUCCAAUGAAACAUUCCACUGACUCAGAUUCUGUCAAGAGUAUCCAUGUCAUUUUGAUGCUUCAAUAAGGUUUCGGUAGUUAGAUCUAAAUCUCAUUUUGAACAAAUGGCAAGUAUCCUAGCUUAUGCUUUUAGUUUUUAGUGGCAGCAAAAAAUAUUACCAGAUCUUGAAUAUCUUGUAAAACAAAUACCUUUUAAUCACUUUACAAUGUAUUUGUUGUUUUAUAAUGAAUUAUAGCUGGUUAGUCGGUUUGAUCUGCAUUUAGAAAUGUACUAGAUCAUUUAAUCUUUUUGAAUGGUUGUACCGUUGUAACUUUUAUAUUUAAUCUCAAAUUCCUUGAAGUUUCUAACUACUUCUUGAAGAAAUCCAUCCCAUGAAAUGAAAUUUCCAAAGCUCUACAAAUUCCCUGCAACUUACAUUGCAAAACUAUGGUAAUGAGUUUUAUAAGUUUUCCAUAUUGCUCAUUUUAUACAAAUCCCUUUUACCAUUUACUUGGCUUUUUAAGAAAUCCAUUAAUUAUACACUUUUCAAUGUUUUGUUAUCUUUUUUUUUUUAUAGAUUUUGCCCUUUUAUAUAUAUGACUGCCAACUUUUUCUUUAAUGAAUCUUUUUCUAUGUUAUGGAUAACCAACAAGUAGAAGAUUGAUUCUGUGUAAUAAGAGUUUAUAUCAGUCUGCAUUGUUGAGAAAAGGAAUUGACACCAAUCUUUUUCAAUUCAUCAAAAUUUAAUGUUUUUGACUUUAGUAGGAUUACAAAAUUUAGGGGGGAGUUGUUUUAUGUCUUUUCCAGUAUAUAUUUUUUUGAUCCUAUUUUAACAUGAUUUAGUCAUACUACUUUCUAAGAACAUAGUUGUAUCAUAAUUUCAUUAGUCAGUAAUGGGGAAAAUUAAUGCUUUAUUUAAUCUAUUAGUCACUGAUAAAUGUACUAAGCUAUUUCUUUUCUCUUGAACACAGCGGCUUUUCUGGUUGUUGGUUGUCUUUAUUUGUUAACGUUGGUGUAAGAUUUUGUGUUUAUUUAUUAAUUUAUUGAAUGUUGUGUUUAUAAAACAUGACUGUAAAUUUUUGUGUAUACAUUGUAUAUGUUGGAACAAAAUGUCCUCUGUUGCAUGGGGCAUGCAAUAAAAAUGUAUUGAAACUUUUAGCGGUGUACAGUAAUCUCUUUGUCAUAUGUAAAUAUCGGCCAUUACAUCAUAGUGGUCAAUUCGACCUGUAUAUAUAUUGCCUUUAUGACAGUGAUCAGGAAAUAUGUCCCCUUAAAGUACCUCACAGAAACAGAUAUAAAUAUUGCAUGGUUAUUUCUGUUUUAGAUAUUUUUAUAAAUAGAUGUUUUUUUGGACGUGGUGUUGUAAAACGAUCAAUUUUUAUGCAUUAAAGAUAACUUCUCCAGUAAGAAAAAUAUUUUUAAAGAUCUGAACAAUUUUCAAUUUGAAUCUCAAUAACUAAUUUUAUGACUAAUAUUAAACAGAAGGAAUUAAAAUACUUAGUUGUGUGUUGUAUACUAUUUGCCAAAGUUUAAUACAUAAAGAUGACAAGCUGUUGUACUACUUUGGAAAGUGCUAUUUUAUUUUAUUACUAUACAUGAUAUAUGGUCCAGAUUAACAUCUUAUUAGCUAUUGUCCUGAUAUAAUUUUUCCUUUCUCUAUAAAAUGAAUCACAUUUUGGGGAAUUAUAAAAAAUGAGGAAAAAACAAGUGACUUUCUGGAUACUUAUUACAUUUUAACUAGGAGUCCUUUCUUUAAUUUGACAUGGUUGUAAAUUCUCUGCAGCUUUUGCAUUACGAUAAAAAGUAUUUAAAUAUUAAACAUUUUAUUCUGAUUGUUUUGAAAUCCUGUAUUUAAGAAUUAUGUGGCAACAUGUAGUUAUCUUUUGUGAACAAAAUUGUUACUACACAUGCUUCGAACCUUGAAUAACAAUACAAAAAGAAGUUUUCUUCGAAGGUGAAAUAGUUUGUCUGUUACAUAGAAUUCCAUUAACACUAGAAUCACUUACUUGUCAGAGUUAUUGUUAAAUAAUUUAUGAAUGGAAACAUGUUGCUACUGAACAAAUAACUUAUAAAAUUUCUUUUAGAACUUAGGUACUGUAACAGUUUGUCAAAGGAUUAUUUGCAAGUUAAUUUCCAUGGUAACAAGGUCAUGUGAUGGGAAGUAUAACAGCUGUUCUCCUUUUGUGGGAUAUUUAAUGUUUCAUCAACAAACAAAUCACCAUGAACCAUAAUUUUUUUUUUUGCCGAAUUUGCUUUUGCAAACAAAAUUAUAACGAAAUUACUAAAACAGGAAAUCUUGGUCAUUGAGAAUUGUUAGAUAUAUAAAAUUUUCUAACAAACCCAAUCUGCUCCUGAAAUAAAAUAAGAUAAAAAUGUUUCCUGUAGAGUCAAACUUGUUAUUCUAGGUAUUCAUAAUAGCAAAUUCAUCGCUGGCUUUAGGAUUUGGCUUUAACCAUAUAAAGUAGGGCAUAUCAUGACUGUAUAUAGUAUUAUGGGACAUUCCGAUCAGUCGACACUUUCACUUAAACAGAGAUGGACCCAAAUAAGGGUGACGAAACAAAGUAUCUUAAAAUAGGACAAAUUUAACACCAUAACUGUUUAUGUGAAAGUGAGACAAACUUCAGGGACCAUUAAAUGAUGUAUUUUCCUUCAUAAAAUUGCCAUAAGGAAUUAAAAAAACCUAGUCACAUAAUUCAAACAGUCCCAAAUCAUGUGACUAACCAGUCACAUAGUAUAUGAAUCAUGUGACAAGUCACAUGGUUUCUCAUUAUGAUCAACUUAUUUAUUGUGCAAUAUACAUACUUGUGUGUUGUGGUGCAUAUAGUGUUAAAAUUGUACAAGUUAUGUGUUUUCAUUCAUCACCAUUUUUAUGCAUUCAUUUUAUGAUUAUUUAUUUUUAACAGUGACAUCUUCAUACAUAGAUUUUCAACCUCAUUGGAAAACAUUUUUAUCAAUAGUGUUGAGACUCAGAAAAACAUAUUAAAAGAUAAUGAACAAACAAGGAACUUUUCUGUUGUUUAAUUUAGUAUAAAAAUUUCCUUUUCAUAUCAAUUGCUCACGUCCGAGCUUUGUAUUUCAAUGUUUUUGUAAUCUUGCAUUUAUGGUUUAGAACACGUCAUUUCGAUGUGUUAAUCUGUGGGAACAAAAGAACUACAAACAUUAGGUAGUCUGUUUUUAUGUGUCUAUUUUUAGAAUGUGUGAAUCCUAUGUUUCACACUUAUGCAAAUGUUGGAAACAUAACUUGUACUGAUUAUGAACAAUAAAUAGUCACCAAGCUAUAAA